AUGGAUGAAGUUUUUGAUGUUGAGAUGAACGGACAGAGAAGAAAAACAGAAAAUGAGAAGAGGGCUGGAGAGAGAGGACAGUGGGCCAGUAAAACAGAAUAUAUUCUGGUUGUUGCAGGAAAUGUGGUCGGCCUGGGCAACGUGUGGAGAUUUCCUUACCUCUGCUACAAGAACGGUGGAGGUGCCUUUCUGGUGCCAUAUGGUCUGUUAGCCGUAGUAUGUGGGAUACCUCUGUUCCUACUGGAGACCUCAGUUGGUCAGUACACCCAGGAAGGUUUCAUCACCGGCUGGAGGAAAAUUUGUCCACUGGCACAAGGAAUAGGAUUUGGACAGCUGACGAUUUCACUUUGUUUCUUCAUCUACGUUUUAAUUGAAGCUUGGGCUCUGUUCUACUUGGUGUUCUCAUUCAGAUCCCAGCUUCCCUGGGCCCACUGUGAGAACACCUGGAAUACAGCUAACUGCCUUGCUCUUCAGACUUUCAAUUCAUCUAAUGUGACUACAGAUCAGACUAACACCACCUCUGCUGCAACUGAGUUCUGGGAACGGCGGGUGCUGGCCAUGUCUAGAGGCAUUGAGGAUCUGGGCAGUGUGAG